AUGAGACCAGAUCAGUGCACCAACACACAUGGCGCCAUGUCACCAACCACCAACCCCUGGUUUUCGUUGGUGAUAUUCUCGCCUCAUGAAUCCUAUAAAGUCCCAACUUGCCAAAGAACGACCAACGGAUUUUGCCCAACCUCCUUCGCACGCGGACCACUGCCCUCAAACGCCAGUUAUAUCGUCGACAGUUUUUCUUCUCUUCCUCAGUCAAAGUCCCAAGUAAUUAAUUUCGCACACACCGGCAACGGCAAGUUAAACACCAUGUGCGACAGCUGCCGCAACCUCAUCCCAGAGGACCCAGAGUUCUCUCCAGCUAGCCAAUACAAAUGGGUCUGGGAAUCCGACACAGACUGCGAGAUUUGUCAAUUCAUUUGUAGCACCGCGACAUCAAUUCACCCUGAACUAGGCUCAACCGACGACCUUGAAGCAUGGGUGCGUCUAGAUGAAAGACAGAACCGGUUCUAUUUCGACUUCUCCGGCGGGUAUGCCCUGCAGGUUUAUGUCAAGCUUGACUACGAUCCUGAUGAAGGUCAUGACCACCCAGGACUCAUCCCCGAGGAUCCAAUCGAAUUCACAAGAAGAUGUCUUGAAGAAUGUGAAGAAAACCACCCUGAAUGUUCCCAGCGCACCUCAGAUCUCCAGCCAACACGCCUUAUCUACUGCGCCGAAGGUGCUGAUCAGCUCCAACUCGUGGACAGUGACGACAUUGGCGACGUUGAAUACAUCGCUUUAAGCUACUGCUGGGGCUCGGACGGUCUCUUCAGAACCACCCUAGACAACAUCGACGAGUUGAGAGAAGGGUUUGACCUUGAAGCCCUGCCGCAGACACUCCAAGACGCUAUAGAUGUCACACGCCAGUUGGGGAUGGAGCACAUCUGGAUUGAUGCAAUCUGCAUCAUCCAAGACGACACAGCCGAGUGGGAGCAAGAAGCUGGCAGGAUGGCAGAGGUGUACGGGAAUGCACGGGUUACUCUCGCUGCCUUGUCUGCGUCUACGGUGACGGAGGGGUUUCUUCACUGGAAAAGAAAUCCACAGGUGGUGACCCGGGAGUUGGCUGGUGAGGAUGGUGAAACGUUUCUGCUGGUUGGGAAAGAGGGAGUGAAAAGUGGCUUGCAUCCCCAGAGUUUGGACCGCGAUAACCCGUGGCCGGUUGUCGGCAGCUUUGAUGACUUCUUGGAUCCAGUGCAAACAAGAGGAUGGUGCUUUCAGGAGCAGGUACUCUCUCGCCGGUUCAUAGGCUUUUCCAGCAGGGAGGUACAAUGGCUCUGCAAGACCACCAUGGGUUGCCAGUGCGGACCACUUGAUCCCGCCAGUGGAGGCAGCCUACGUCCCCGACCUCCCACCCUCACCAUGCAAGACGAUGCGUUUGCUUUCUGGGCUGAAAUGAUCUCCGGCUAUAGCCGCAGAGGUCUCACCUAUCAGAAGGACAAGCUGCCCGCGAUCGCAGGUCUGGCCCGUGAAAUCCAGAACACCACUGGUGCCACUUACGUUGGUGGGAUCUGGAUAAAAGAUCUGACACGCAGCCUGAACUGGGUAGCUCGCGAAGUGAACGAUGUCUGGGCGUGUCCCGACACCUACAGAGCGCCCUCUUUCUCCUGGGCUUCUCUAGAUUCCCCGAUAUCCAUGGACCCCGAAGACUAUCUAAUUGGAUAUGUCGAGGUGCUGGAGUACUCUGUCGAGCCGAAAGGUCAAGAUCCCCUUGGGGAGAUCAACGCUGCCAGUUUGACCGUCAGUGGUUAUGUGCAUUCGGCCACCCUGAUGGACAGUGAUGACACCGCGGAGGGAUUCGAAUAUGACGUCAGAAUCAAGAGCAGCAUCAGAAUUGCCAGGAGGUACGCCAUGGUUCGUCACGACACCGAGCUUGUCAGAGUUCAGAUUGUGGACGCAGACGGGGAAGUGCAGUGGUCUAUCCAGCGAGCUAGAGAAGGGAAGAUGCCAGGAGAGGAGUUCAGACCUCAGGUGACUGUGCUAGCGCUCUGCUUGGGUGUGGAUGAAGCAAACAGGGCUAUUGAGUUUCUCAUUCUGGCACAGUGUCCAAGUGACCUAAAGACGUGGGAAAGAAUUGGGUCCGUGAGGGUCACUGAAUCUGACCCACAGCCCGAUUCUGAGGAGGAAGAGGAGGAGUUCGAGUUUUGGGAUUUUGACGAUUUUCUUGCUGAGAUCACGGACGAAAAUUACAAAACGACCCUCACAUUGGUAUAGUGGAUGGUGUAGAUUACGUGAGCA